AUGAAAAUUUCCCAUGAAUUUAUACAUCUUCGGGGCAUUAUGGAAUCAGUGGAUCAAGUGGAGACCAUCAGCGUCCCAAGACGUGUUGUAAAGAGCAGAAAAUCGUGGGCAGAUAUCUUGGCCGUUUCACUAAAUGUCUGCAUUAUCCUGUUCUUCUACUUCUUCGAAACUUUUUACGUAAUGCCACAGUUUUUGGGAUGGUUUGGACAGGCGGUUCAUUUUUUGCUGACCACUUGGAUUGCCUACAAUAUUCUGGGAAACUUAUGGCUGUGCACCAAGACAUUGAGCACCGUGGGCUCUCUGCCGCCGGAAAUGCAGCAGCCGAUGGAAGGUGAGGAGCAUCUGUGGCACUUUUGCAACACAUGUCAAAGGACAGUGCCGCCAAGGUCCUGGCACUGCAACACUUGCAAUGCGUGCAUUCUGAAACGCGAUCAUCACUGCAAUUUUGUGGGCAACUGCGUGGGGCACAAUAAUCAGCGAUACUUCAUAUGGUUCUCAUUUCACGCGGCCAUCGGUAGCGGAGUGGCCUUGUUUGAUAACUUCUUGUUGGCCGAUAAGCAUGGUAUUGGAUUUUUCGAUUUAAUCACCGCCAAUUUGAUUAUUUAUAAUGCGUUUAUGAAUCCUGGUACUCAGGACUUUGUGAUUUUCUAUCGAAUAAUCAGUGUCUUAGGUGUCAACAUAUUCGCCGUUCUGUUUCCAGCAGCUCUGUUCUGCUCUCAAGUGGUGACUGUUCGCAAUAACUCGGUAAUGAACAAUUAUUGUGAUCGCACUUAUGAUCUUGGAAUCAAGAAUAACUUGACUCUGAUCCUUGGAAGUCGUCGACUGUGGACUUUCCUAUCGCCAAAUAUCAAAAGUCCACUGCCCCACAAUGGCACCCAAUGGAAAUCGAAACGUGCCGUCUAGUCCAAAGUUUGAUAUCAUCUAUCCAUUCUUGUCCACUGAGAUUAUAUUGUAUUAUACCAUGCCACGCAAUCGUGUCUUUCACUUCA